AUGGGCCUGGCAAGAGGCCUCCCUGAACUACAGUCCACUACAGCGACAGCCAUCGCCACUAAUGACCGCCCAAUAGGGACGCAGGAGAGGAACGCAGGACAGAGGGAAGCAGGAACGCAGGAGAGGAACGCAGGAGAGGAACGCAGGACAGGGACGCAGGACAGAGGGACGCAGCCUGACCAGCUCCACACACCGUUCCCCCUGCAUGUAGAAGAGGAAAAGACCGACGUGGAAGGGACCUUGUUUGUGUACACAAGGUUGGCCUCCCCCAGACACGGAUUCACCAUCAUGAACCGACUCAGCAUGGAGAAUCUCACCGAACCCAUCACCAAGGACCUCGACUUCCAGCUCCAGGACCCCUUCCUGCUCUACAGGAAUGCCCGCCUGUCCAUCCAUGGCAUCUGGUUCUAUGACAAGACUGAUUGCCAGCGCAUUGCAGACCUCAUGAAGAACCUGACACGUCAGGAGCAUCAGCUGCACCAGCAGCAGAAGUGUGGGUGGGUCUCCCCCCGAGCACUGGACACCAGCCAGGCCAGAGGAGUGGACAUCCUGCAGAUGCUCACCAAGGCUCGGAGCGAGUACGACAAGGGCAAGGUGAGCUCGGAGCCCCUGGAGAUUGGGGGCGGAGGGGGCGUGAUCCACGACAACCCGCACCUGGUCAAGCCCAUCCCUCUCAAGCCCAGCGAGCGGCAGAGGAUGCUGCAGCACCAGCCGCUCCCCUCCUUCCCUCAGCCUCACCACCAGCAGCAGCCCCAAACGGGCCCACUGGUCCAGCAGCCCCACACGGGCCCACCGGCCCAGUCUCACCAGCAGCAGCCCCACACGGGCCCACCGGUCCAGCAGCCCCACACGGGCCCACCGGUCCAGCAGCCCCACACAGGCCCACCGGCCCAGUCUCACCAGCAGCAGCCCCACACGGGCGGUGGCUCAGGCAGACCUGGGGCCGGAGGUCGUCCGGCGGUGGCGCGCUCCCUGUCCUACGACGACCCCUCCGCCCAGGCGGUGCCAGUGAGCCCUGGUGGAGGUCCUCUGAUGGGCGCGCCCCCCCCCCCCUCGUCCUCCAGCGCUGCGGCAGGGGUGCCCCAGCCCUGCCCUGCCAUCCAGAUGCUGAUGAGCGGCCUGCGGGGGGCGCCAGAGAUGCAGCUGCUCGCCGACUCGCCCGACAAGCGCGUGUGUGAGAACGGCCUCCAGCGAGGAGGAGGAGACCCGCUCCAGAAACUCUUCCCCAACCCCUUGCUCUCCAUCCUGCCCCGAUGCCCACCUCCUCGUCUGUAUCUGCCCCGAUGCCCCCCUCCUCGUCUGUAUCUGCCCCGAUGCCCCCCUCCUCGUCUGUAUCUGCCCGUGCUGCCCCGUGCUCCCCCCCACCUUCCGUCUGGGACUUCCGCGGUCAUUAGCCCCAUGGAUGCAUUACUGGGAUCUUCCAGCAGCACCCCCACUUCAACCAGCACCCCCACUUCAACCAGCAGCACCCCCACUUCAACCAGCACCCGCAAAUCCACCAGCACCCCCAAAUCCACCAGCACCCGCAAAUUCACCAGCACCCCCAAAUGCAACAACAGCCCCACCCCCAAUUCACCAGCACCCCCAAAUGCAACAACAGCCCCACCCUCAAAUCCACCCAGCAUCCUCACAUGCUUCAGAACCUCCAUCACCCCCUCCUCCCCACCCCCCCCCCCCACCCAGCCGCUCUUCUUCAGCCCCAGCAAGCCCCUGCAGCCCCCCCCCCACCCUCUCCAGGUGAGCUCAGGUGUGCUGCCCACUGCUCAGGCCGGCUCAGGUGUGCUACCUGCGCAGGGUGGCACAGGUGUGGUGUCCCCUCACGAGCUGCUGCAGCGCCUGCAGCUGGUCCAGCAGGAGCAGAACCAAGAGCAGAACCAGAACCAGCACCAGAGCCAGCACCAGGCAUCUGAGUCUACUCGGCCCCCCCUGGCCCCCUGCUUCCACCAGAACCAGCACCAGGCCCGGUCCACAGAGGCCGACAGCGCCGUCCUGACCGGACCCAGCUCCAGCCAGCACUUCCAGGGUGUCCCGGCCGCAGUGGGCCCCACUCUGCUCAUGUCCCCGAGUGUGUUCUCCCAGACCAAGCCGCCCCGUGGGGCAGAAGAGCCCAGCUGCCCCCAGACCCCCCGUCUGCCCCCUCCUGCCCCCGAGGAGCCCAGAACCCUGAGCAGGACCCAGCUACAGGCCACGCUCGUCCACCUCCUACAGAAUGACUCCUCUUUCCUGGAUGUGAUCUAUGAGGCAUACGUCUCCAGAUUCGCCAAGGACGCCAGCCAACCUCGUUACUGACCCACGAGAUGACCCAAGGCGACGCACCGGACAAACCCAAAGCCAUGCACUAUGCUGACCACAUUAUGCAAGCCUAUGUGUGUGUGUGUGUGUGUGUGUGAGAGAGAGGGGAAAUGUUUUAUUUUUUAAAUUUAGUUUUUAAAUUAUUGGAGUACAUGAGAAGGGAAGGCAUUCCUGUAGCAUCUCUCUCCAAAUGGUGCCCUUUAACUGACAGGGCACUGCACAGGUCAAAAUGGCCACAGGCUCCUGUAGCUAAGCAGGUCCUCAGCUCUAUGAUGCCAAACACCAUGAUUUCCCUGCGCUAGACUGAGCAGGGUCCCAGCUUGUGCAAGCACUAGGAUGCUUCCAAAAAGUAGCAGAAGCUAUCACAUAUAUACACGCACACACAUAUACACACACGCACAUAACCACACACACAUAACCACACACUCACGAUGAAUCCCUCUCAAUCUCUCCCACACUCACCAGUCAGGCUAAUUUGAUAGAAGAUGUGUCUCAUUUUAGAGAAUAUGAAAAUAUUUUGUUACAAAAAGGUUUUAGAAUAUUUUUUUCUAUUUUUCUAUGGAACAAAUCUUCCUUCUUAACCGUUCUGCCAGGCCCUAUGCAGCAGCAGUAGCAGUCGGCCGGGUGUGCUUGGAGUAAGGACUGCAUGCCUGCAGACAGCAAUGUGGACAUUUUAAAAGUGACCUAAAGCAAUGCUUUUGACCUCUGACCUCUGACUUAUUAAAGACCACUGUUAAGCCCUGCA